AUGCAAGAUAAGCAGUCAUUCUUUGAAGAGUAUACUACUUUCAUACGAUGUCAACGGACAUUCCGGGCUCGAAUCGAACUUGUUGGACAUCCUCGGAUUAACUGCGCCUCUCGAACUGCACCAACCAUCGUCCCCCCGUCCGUCUCUUCCUCCUCCUCUCCGCCGCCAAUUAACUCUGACAAUUCUUCUGACCCACCACUCCCAUCCUCCUCCUCCUACUCCUCCUCCAUUGCUCCAACGGCGGCCGCUCAGGCGACUGUCACGCGCGCAACAACCGACACCACCACCCCCACCUCCCCCGAUUCCAGCGAUGAGGAUCAGGACUACUCCUGCCCUCACUGCGACCGCACCUUCACCUCACACAUCGGCCUGGUGGGUCACUUGCGAAUCCAUCGCACAGAGACUGGCGAACCGGUGCCUGAAGCACCAACCUACACCCACCGCACUCGCCUUCACUCCCCACACUGCCCUCGCACCUUCAGGCAUCGCAUGGGCCUAUUCGGCCACAUGCGCAUCCACGACGACCUGCGGUAG